AUGCAGUUUUCCAGAGUUUACUUGCUCUCUUUUUACAUUGCUGGUGUUACCGCAGUGUUAUAUUCCCAAGAAGACAACUUACCUAAAAUUAUAGGCGGCAAAAUUCCACCAAACACUAAAAGUCGACUCGGCGUACCUCUUGUUUAUUCCUCUGAUGGGAAACAUUGUUCUGUAAGAAACAAAACUUGA